GCCACUAUAUGAUCAGUACAACUUCGGUUUGAUCUUAACACUGCAUAGUUGAUGGGGAUAAUUUGAUCAAUAAUAAGGAUGAUCCGAUUAAAAAUCUUAAUAGCAAUAUAAUAAUAAAAAUUGUGUAAUUUCAUACAUAAUAUUGAUAUGAAAUAAGGUUUAAUCAUUUUUAAAUAUCUCGUAUAUACAUUCUCUUAUAUAUAUUCUUCAAGUAUUAUUAUGUUUUCUUUGCUUAAAAUUCUGAUUCUAAUGGUACAAGUUUCAAAUAAAAGUUGUGUAUAAUGUUCAUUUUACUCACAUUAUUUUUAAUUAAAAAUGUCUUUCAAUUUUUAAAAUUGCAUACAGUCAACUCUUGGUAACUCGAAAUUAUCAAAUAACAAUAACGCUUAACAAUGGCGAACCCAGGGGGCCAUCCAGACCCCCCCCCCCUUGGCUCCUUAUUUAUUUUUAUUUUAUAUUUUUAAAAUUACCCAGAAAGUAUUUUAAAAAGUUAACUGUAUAUAAAUACUACUAAUUAAAACAUUUGGUGAAAAUUUCAAGUAUUUACAACGAUUAGUUUUUAAGUUAUAACCAUAUAAAAAAAAUUAUUAUAUAUUUGGUCGAAAACAGGUUUUGCGUAAAAAUUUCCGUUUUCCAUCACCUUUUUUGUUUGUUUUUUUAAGAACUACUAGAAAUUGUUUAUUUUUUACCUCUAUAUGCACCAAGGAUAUUUACUUUGCGAUCGGAAACCACCCGCGAUGUUUGAAAUUGAAGCAUUAUUUCUACAAGUUAUGCUGUACGCAUACACACAAAAAAAACACACAUUAUUGUAAAAUCAAUUCAUUCAUAAUCUUAAUCAUUGUUCUUAAAUGAUUAUAAUCAUAUAAUCAUUCAUAUUCUAAAGAAAUAGUUCAAUAAUAGAUGAUGGUGAUGUGGGUGGACAAAUUGUAUAAAUUGUUUAGGUCUGAAAAAUGUUCAGCACACCACUGUCUUCGAUUACAAUUUUUAUGAAACGGUCGCUCCUUGAAAAUAUCAUCAUCAAUACACGACUGUUAUACAACAAUUAAAUAUGAUAUAUUCAUUACAGAAUUUCAAUAAAAUAAAUUACCUAGUAACGUUAAAAUAUAAUAUACGAUUUAAUAACAACGAAAUUAGUUCCACGGAACAUACACAAAAUGCAAAACAAACUCACAAGGAAAGCGUCAUGGGAAGAUAUGUAUCGAAAGCACAGAAAUAAAAUAAGAAGCGCUAAACCAAAAGUGGAUAACAAACCACCCUUGCUUGAAAUUACAGCGUAUUACAAGCCUGGAACUAUAGAAGCAAACACAGCAAGGCUAGCGCAAAUAGAAGAGGACAAUUUUAAAUUAAUAAGAAAUAUAAACAUAAUUUAUCGUACGAAGGGUAAAACCGAUUGUUUUAGAUCAGCAGCAUCCAACGAGAAAAUUAAAGUUAAAGGUAAUGAUGACAACAUGAUCAAGUUAAACCAGAAAAAAUUUAAAGAAAACGUUGCGUUUCUAGAUAAAUUAGUUCACGUGAAACCUCAAGUUGAUUUUAAUGAAAUGGAAGAACACUACAAAAAUCAUCUUAAGUUAAUAAUGUUUAUGACCAAUUUUCCGGAAAGUUAUAAAAAGAAAAAACAUUAUGAUCCACUUAUUGCCACCGCGGAAUUACCAAAAAACAUACAAAUUAAAAAAUCAAAGUGUUUUUUGGACGUCCAUAAUGUGACAGAGAACAGAUUGUUGGGUCGUAUGAUGAUCGAAGUGUACGACAGCAUCGUUCCCAAAACAGCUGGAAAUUUCAAAAUGCUAUGUCAGCAGCGACCAGAUGGACUCGAUUAUAGUGGAACUCUGAUCUUCCGCAUUGUUCCGGGGUUAUUUUGUUUGGCAGGAGACGUCGAGUACUCGAUCGGACUCGGUGGUAUAUCAGCCAUAAAUGGUGAACAAUAUUUCGAUGAUGAGAACUAUUUGCUCGGCCAUAACGCACCCGGUACGUUAUCCAUGUAUAAUUUAGAAAAAAAUGAAAAUGCUUCACAAUUUAUGAUCACGUUUAAACCACUGACAGUACUAAACGGUAGACAUGUUGUUUUUGGUAGAGUAGUUGGUGGAAUGAAAACUUUAAAACUCAUAGAGGAUUCGGGGUACGCGACUGGUAAACCAAAACACAAAAUCGUGAUAAGUAAAUGUGGAAUAUUCAACGACUCUUAAAUAUUUACAUGAAAUUAACAUCCUAAUGUAGUUUGAUGGUGUUCAAACCUGUGCCAUUAUUAUACAACUAUGUAUUCAUAACAAAGUUAAUAACAUUAUUAACUUGAUAGUUCAAAUCAUAUUAUUAAAUUCAUAUUUUUAUAAAGAGUAUAAUAUACAUAUUAAUUUUUACUUA